GGUUUUUGUUUAUCAGAAAAGUCAGCAUAUGUAGGAUGUUUAUGUGAAUAUUCGUACCAGUAAUCUAUAGCAACCCUUACAAGCAGCAUGCAGAUUCAAGUUCAAUAUAGGACUUGUGGAAACAAGGUUUAAUUGAAAAGGUGACUGAUUGGACCAGAUGUACAGUUAAAGAAACAUCAGCAUAAUGGAAACACAACAAGUAGAUGAAAACGUAACGGAGCAAGAAAUUUCAGUAUACGAUGAGUAUGGACUCUUUAAUGUUUACAUUGUGUCAACACUCUUUUCAAUAAUCGCUUUCCUUGGAUUGACUGGAAACAUCAUGGUAUUCAUUGCUAUUGGUUUGUCUCGCAAACUCCAUGACAUUACUAAUACCUUUAUUGUCAACUUGAGCAUCUGUGAUUUUUUAGGCUGCACCAUCCUACCAUUUCAUGUAGUUUCUGUGAUAUCCGGAAGAUGGCCCCUUGCAGAUUGGUACUGUUCUUUCAUCGCAUCUCUGACAAUCAUCAUCCACACAAGUGGCACUAUGACCCUGGCUCUGAUAAGUCUCAAUAGAUACAUGUUGAUUACCAAGCCUCGGAAGCUCUACAUGAAGGUGUAUACCCAUCACAAUGUUGCCUGGAUGAUUGCCUUGACAUGGCUCUUUCCAUUCUUCUUCCUUCUCAUGCCUCAAUUCUUUUUGGGUGGAUUGGGUUAUCGCCAAAAGUUCAGGGUCUGCAUCUGGAAUUCUGAGCACAAACUUGCUCUCAUCUUCCAAGGAAUUGGUGCCCUUGCAUUCAUCCUUUCUACUGUCAUCAUCAUCUUCUCCUACAUCUCAAUCUUCCGUUUUGUUCGAAAGCAUAUGCAAAAGAUGACCCAAAAUAACAGUGUCAAAGAUGCAGUUGUGUUUGUAGAUGAUGAAAGUUCUGUCAGUAAUAACAAAAACAGUUCAAUAAAAUCACGGAGAUCAACAAAAAGGAGAAAAAUCAGCAAGAAACAACUCGAUAUCACCAAGAAUCUUUGUCUGGUUGUUGUGGCUUUCUUCAUCUGUGUCUUGCCUUACACAAUUCACCUUCCCACAGGAAUCUACGAUAUGAGAGGCACAUACUUUGGUGUCCUUUUUGUGAGCCACGCAGGUAUAAGCCCCAUACUUUAUGCAGCAAAGCAUCCACAUUUCAAGAAUAUCUUCAGUUGCAUGUUUCGAUGCAAGUAUUCUGACAUUCCCAUGCCAACCAUGGGAUUAAAGAAGAUUUUGAACCUCUCGUCAAAAAGAGUCAACAGUAUCAACGAUGGACGACUAAGAGGUCCAUCUGUUUCAAGUAGAACAAAUAUAAACAUAAUAAACUUAAAAUAAUGACAAGCAAUUCUUUCAAAUUCACUCAAGUGUAUUUCUUAUCAAGUUCUCAAUUGACGAGGGGGCUGUAUUUUGUAUUUGGGUCUCUGUAUAGAAAUUAUAAUGUGUGAUGGGUAUAUGUGGUAGCCAGAAGACCCCAUUUAUACACUUCAAUUUCUGUUUCAAUACAUAGCAUUUUCAUCUUCUGAAGCAAAUAAGGAAUAAUAAUAAUAAUAAUACAGGUUUAUUUACCCAGGGAAGCCGCUUCAGUUCUGAAAACUGUUCUCCCAGCGGGCCCUGCUAUUAUUAUCAGCUAGCAAGCUUAUACUAUGAGCACCACAUACAUUGCAUAUUUCUGAUUGAAGCACCAGAGCUUCUCAUGGCCAAAGUGCAUGCUUCCUUCUCCAUCGCAUGAAUUUGAGCGUGUAAGCACGACAACAUAGGCCAGUGCUUGUAUAGACAAUUUUCACCUCCAAAGUACCGUAAAUCAUAGAAAUGGAAUUUGAGUACACCUUUCCUAAGAUACAUUAAGAAAGCCCAAACAUACAAUGCUAUGCAGUUGGCACUAUUUUUUUUUAAGAGUGCAGUGAGGAAAAAGCAUGGAUUGUCGCCAUGGUAACAGGGAAAGCAUACAAAAUUUGUUGUUCAAUUUGAUUGUUACAACAUAGUGCUGUACGUACCGCAGUGUAAAAAAAAAAGAUACCUUCGAGAACAGGGAUGUUGCAUUAUUUGUGAAACCUAUUUAUGAAUUCAAAGAUCAGAUCAAAUGCACACCAAGAAGAAAUCAAGUUCUCAUUAUAGCUACACUCAAAUUAUCUUGAUUAUACUGGUCUUCAGCCUUUCAGGAAGAGAAAUCCACUGGUCAUAUUUUUACUGUAAUUGCAUCUAUUUUUGCUUAACAUCCAUUUUAUGUCAACUUUCUUAUAUGUCACAUGCAUUUUGAUAUUGGUAAUGAAAAGUGUGUAUUGUAUUUCAUCCUUUUGAAUUAUUUAGAGUAUACAUAUUUUGCUUAUAAAAAUGUUAACAUGAAUACUCCAGCUGAUCACGGCUGUUUUCAAGUGCGAUUAUCAAUAUUUGAAUUAUAUACAUCUUUAUUUAAAUGUGUAUUUCUUAUUGAAUUGAAUCAAAUUGGAUUAAGCAAAAUAUUGUAAUGACUUGUAUUGAAAAGGUAAACUAAAGAGGAUCAUUUUAAAUAACCUCAUGUUCAAAAUACACCCCCCCCCCCCAAAAAAAAGGUCAAAUAUUAAGGUCAAAUAUUUUUGCAUUAUCCAUUAGAGUGACUGAUUUGACAUUUGAUCUUGCUCUUGGUAAAUCAUUUAUCACUGUUCUACUACCUUACUAGUUUAUACAUGCACUAAAAUAGUUAUGAUGUAGAGGAUUUGAAAUCGAAUAAUUUUGCGAUUUAGCACAACAAAAUAAUUUUGGUUGGUUGCUUGAACACAUACUAAUAUAUAUGUCAUUUUUUUAACGGUACAUUGACUGAUAUCAAGGAUGUUUUUUGUAAACUUUUGUUUGGACCCAAGCCAAAGAAAGAAGGCCAGUACAUGUAACAAUACCUGGAAAAUAUAUAUAGGAAGUCACAAAUCUAAGGUUACUUCAGCUAGAGCUACUUGGAAAGAGAAAUUCCAAUUUGAGUCUGGUGGGUGUUUAAUGAAAGAUGUCAGCACUGACUAAAUUGUCAGUGCUGACUAUUUUAGUGAAAUCCUUGCUUUUGAUUGGCUAAGAAGCACUGGCC